AUGGAUGCUUUUCGAGUUGAGACAAGUCGCAACGGGCAGUCACGAGCAGAGGAGCUUCGGACUGGGAAUGAUCAUGCAAGACUCGAAAGGAUUGAUCAAGAUACUGGUAGACAAAGAGAUAUGAACAGAGAUUUGGAGCUAUUCAUGGAAGAACAGCUACAAGUCCAUGGAGCUGAUAAUCCGGGUAUGAUAUUGUCUGAUAAUGUGGCGUUGAUGGCAAAACCUCAAGGACCAUCCGUAGUAUGGAAACGGGACAUGAAUCAACAAGGACCAUCUGUGAUGUGGAAAAAGAACAUGAAUCAAGAUAUGAAUCUGAGAGAGCAGAGAAUUCUUGCUAAGAAAGAAAAGAUGAAAUUGCAGUGUACUCAUUGCAACAGGCCGGGUCAUCUUAAGGCAGACUGGUUUCUUCUCAAUGGCUUUCCGGAAUGGUGCGGAACACAAAAGGGUAGAGGACAGGGUGUCAAGCAGUCAGCACAUAUGGUGGAUACACCAUUGGAGAUUGAAGAUACUAAAUCAAGAUGGAGCACCACUCCUGAUGGAGUUAAUGGGCAGCAGAUGCAGAGUGUUGGACAAAACAGUGGACCAAAUUUGUCUAUUACAUCCACUCAGAAUCAAGCUCACAACUGGCCAAUGCAGAACUCAGGGAACUGGCAGUCAGUCUUAGCAAACAUGGUGCAGUCUGAGAUAGGAAAGGUUCUCAAGGGCAAAGGAACAGUUUCAGAAGGAGGAAAUGGACACAUGGUGAACUAUGCACAUUUCAGCGAGUUUGCAGGUAGUUCCGUCAUCUCUCAUCUUACUUCGAAUUUAAUUGAGUUUGGUUGA